UUCUGAACAGUGAUAGAUUACCUAUACAGCAGUAUACUCAGUAGAAAAGACCUGUAUCUAAAGAUGCAAUCUGAUCCUCUAUACCUUCACCUCGAACCCUUCAUAGCUUCACAUCCUUUGCAAGCAGGACCAUUACUUUCUUCUUUUCGAGAUCUGGCUUUAUCAAUCCAAUGGCAUGAUCUCCGUGUCAUUCCUCUCACUUCGGAAUGGAUUAUCAUAUUAGGUCAUAAGAGCCGUACUGACCCAUUACGUGCUGUUUUACCACUUCCAUUACAUACCACCUCUCUCAAACCUUCUUCUCUUCGACAGAUCUUUUCCUCUCUAUCCAAUUUAGAAUCAUCUAGCAUACCCGAUCCUAUACCUCCGCUCGUACCCUCUCUCGAAACGCUACAAAAACACCUCCGUCCUUCCACUGCAGAAUAUUCCGUCAGCGAUCUUGGUUCGCCUCAACAAACUGCGGAGACUAGACAAUUUGGCAAAGUAGCAGAUCAGGGAGAAUCACCAGAGACAGCGACGCAUAAGGAUUUGGACAAAGAUAUGAUUUACUUAGCCAUAACCACGACCGACUCUACAGUGGUUUAUUAUAAACUCACUAGAGGUAUAAAGAAACCAGCCGACAUCCCAGAUGAAUGA